AUGUAUUUUGGACCAGAAAGUGCCAUCUUCAGUCCUGGAUCUCACAGUUCAUGUAAUAUGGCCAGUAGUUUGGUUCACAAAUUUUGUGAACUGAAAGUCAUAGGAAUGGAUGGAAUGGUACCUUCUAUUGUUCAGGGGCUUAUGUCCUUUGGGACUGAAAAGGAUUUCACAGACCAUUAUUGUUUUGCUCCCCUUUUCUAUAGAUCUGAAUGUUCUGGGCUUACAGGGUCUGUGUGUUUGAGCCAGAUUUGUAUUUCCAAACAGUGCCAUGCUUCAGCUACAGUGGCACAAGCACUGAGUUGUGUAGGUGGAGCUCAACAAGAUCCACUGCCUUCUCACAGAAUCAAAGUUAAGAUCUUAGUAUUGGAAAGAGUUUCAAAUAGCAGGUAUGGGAGAUGCAGAAAAACACAAAAAGCCAAUAUAAUUUUCAUGCAACAAUGCCCGUUACUGCACAGGGGUGUUAUUUCAUGUACCCAAAGACCUUUGCAAUACUGGAAAGGGAGUUCUGCCCGAAUAAUAAUGGGAUUUUUCUGUUUAAGAAACAGAGUGCAAUUUGCUACUUUUGGACCUUUUUCUUUAUGGUUAAUUUAUUUGGAGUUUAUAGUAACUAUUGAAAAAUGUACACGAAGACAGGUUGGUUUUUUAAAAAAAACUUAUUAA